AGGGGCCCCUGUUGUCACGAAACCAGGCUCUCAACACUCGUCUCAUUGUUGUUUGCUGUUCAGGACUCUGUAAAGGAUAUUCCAUCAAUGAUCACAGUCACGAGUUCUGUUUUUUUUGUUUGUCACAAAGACAGGAAAUGAGAGUUAAGUGUGGGAGUAGGCAAUGUGAAGCCUCUCAGUAUUAAUCUAAUCGGUUUGUCGAGUCAUGCGCGACCAAUGACACUGAUCUGUGGGGAGUUUGUGCAAAAACGACCUUUUGUGUUUGCAGGCGCCAAUAAACGUGCGAAACAAACUCAUUUAAUACAGAAGUGAGGCCGUGAAAAGCAUAAUCAAGAAACGUUCGCUUCAAAGCAAUGGGCUGACGACCUUCAAAGGCACCGAGCCAGAGCCACCGACAACACAUGAAGUCACCACGACGACGCCAAACCUGCCGCCGGGAGCCAGUACUCGCAGAGCGACAGUUACAUGCAGUAACCCACAGAAGUUCCGCGUGUCAUCGCUCCGUCUUCCCCUUUUACCAUUGUGCCUAAGUGACGAUGAGACUAGGAGUCGUCCUCACCCUACUCCUCCAAGUGGCACGAGCUCAGCCCCUUGCGGAAGUCAUCGGGUACCUUGGGGACACCAUUGUCUUGCCCUCGGGAGCAGAUCCAUCAUGGAAUCUCUCCAAAAUUGAGUGGUCAACAUUUUCCAACACCACCUGGAUUGCCACCUAUCGCAAUGGAAAGAAGAACAUCGAGCGCAUCGCUCGGUAUAAAGGACGACUCGGUCUUAACAGCAUCACGGGGGACUUGACGAUCCGUAAUUUGAACAGAGAAGAUGCCAGGGAGUACAGAGUGGACCUCAGCCAAACAAGUACACACAAAUCAGGAAAGACCAGGCUCACGGUUAGACAACACCUCCAGAAACCGACCAUAAGGACACUUUUCAACGUGCCCGAGGAAGGGGGCUGCUUGAUGGUGCUGAGCUGUUCUUCCACAGAUGACAGUGUUGACCUGUCCUGGCAGGUUGAACCUCUCACCGCCUUCGACGCGAGGAACGCGAAGACAAACCCGCGCGUUCUCGUCACGUUUGUCAACAGCACAGGGAACCGCGUCAAGUUCACCUGCACCUCCAGCAAGGCCACGGAGAAGGCCUCGAGCGCCGUCGCUCCACGGUGUGAUGUUGCAGACGGACGCAGGUGCAGAUAUGUUCUUUGGUUUCUCUUGGGAGUGGCCCUGGGCUUGGCAACUGUUGUGUUUUACAUCUGCAGAGACAAACUGUGUCCAUGUGCAGUUCCAACAUAAUCUGAAGUUAGCCUGACAUCCAAGCUUCAAGAUUGACGACACCACAGAAAACUUCCACACUGACGGUGACAACACUACGUGUGUAGGAUAAGGAAUGGUAACUCAAACAUGAGAAUGCAAUAAAACAAAUGCAAUGGUGGAUAAAUGGUGUAACAAAAUUAUAGCAGUCCAAUUUGGAGUUAUAGAAUAUAGAGUCAAAUUUCCUUAUCAAACCAAAGGAUUGCUUGUUUUUUCCCUCGUUGAGUAAGCCCCCAUCUUGUCUUCUUGUGUUAUGUGGUUUGGCCAAACGAGUGUAAAUGUUCCCUUGUAUGUUUGUUCAGUUAAGACCUUAUUUAUUGUCAUAUUUUGUUCACCUCUUUUACAGGCCUCGUUAGAUUCUUGGUUUAUAUUGUUUUUUCAGAUUGGGGGGCAAUUAAUAAAACCAAACCUCCCGUUUCCUCUUGGUGCAGUGGUGUACGUUUGA